AUGCUUCCUUUCUCCUUUUUCGCACCCAAAAAUAUAAAAAACUGAAUCUCUUGUGCUCCCAUAUCGAUCAAACUCAACAAACAUUCAAAUAAAACCGUGAUUCAUUUUCCAGCCAGAACACACUGGCUGAUCCGCCACAACUCCUUAACCAUCUCUGUUUCUGUUUCAGGCUUCAACCAUUGCCGCUUUCUAUAAAUUUUAUCGCAUUUCAUUUUCUCGGGAAAAUGAAGAGCAUGCUCCAAUCGCGAGAAGUCAUUCACGACCCUUUCAAAAUCUGGAAGUCCUUAAGUCUAUCGACGAUUAAAGCCAGGAAACACCUCAAUUUCGCCAUGAGACUCGCACUCGCAUUGUCAAUCCUCGCUUCCAUAUCUCUCGUCACCUACAUCGCCUUCUGGAACCAAUCACGGCUACCCCGCUACCCCAGUUACGCCGGAGAUUGCAAAUACUCCGCCGCCCGGAGAAUCACCCAGAAGGAACAUUUCGCCGGCGACGGAGACCGCGAAAGGACCAACAUCUCCCACAUAGUGUUCGGCAUCGGUGGGUCGGCGAAGACGUGGCACAAGCGCCGGCAUUACUGCGAGGUUUGGUGGAAGCCCAACGUCACCCGAGGGUGCGUCUGGCUGGACAAGAGGCCGCCGGCGGAGGAGCCGUGGCCGGUGACCUCGCCGCCGUACCGGAUCUCCGGCGACACGGCGAACUUUAAGUACACGAGCUGGUACGGGUCGCGGUCGGCGGUGAGGAUCGCGAGGAUCCUAAAGGAGACGUUCGAACUCGGGUUCGAGAACGCGAGGUGGUUCGUGAUGGGAGACGACGACACGGUUUUCUUCACUGAGAACUUGGUCUCGGUGCUGGCGAAGUACGAUCACAAUCAGAUGUACUACAUCGGUGGGAACUCGGAGAGCGUGGAGCAGGACGUGGUGCACUCGUACGGCAUGGCGUACGGCGGCGGAGGGUUCGCCGUCAGCUACCCGCUCGCGGCGGAGCUGGUUAACAUUUUGGACGGGUGCAUUGACCGAUACGCAUCGUUCUACGGCUCUGAUCAGAAGGUGCAAGCUUGCGUGGAUGAGAUCGGCGUGCCCCUCACGAAGGAGCUUGGCUUUCAUCAGUUUGACAUACAAGGAGACCCAUACGGAAUACUAGCAACACACCCGAUGACGCCCUUGGUGUCGCUCCACCACCUUGAUUAUGUGAGACCAUUGUUUUGGGGUUCGAAUCGGGUAGAGUCACUUAAGAAGUUGGUGAAGACAUAUGAGUUGGAUCCGGGUCGAAUUCUACAACGGAGCUUUUGUUAUGAUUUUAAUCGUAAUUGGACGAUCUACGUGGCUUGGGGCUACACCGUACAAUUGUAUCCAUCAUUGAUUACAGCGAAGAUGCUGGAGACACCCCUUCAAACAUUUCUAACAUGGAAGGGAAACAUGAAGCCUUUCACGUUUAACACUCGAUCUUUAAGCCCUGACUCUUGUAAGAGGCCGCUGCUGUACUUCUUUGACGAAGUGGAGAGGGAUGAGAUAGGUCAGGUCGUAACCACUUACAAUCGGUUUGGAGGAGGUCUUUUAAGGGAUUGUUUCCGAGAUGACUAUCGCGAGGCGUUAGAUAUCGAUUCAUUUAGUAUUUCUGCCCCGAAGUUGGAGCCUGAUUUUUGGAAAAAGGCUCCACGUCGACAAUGCUGCGAGAUCGUGGACGGUGGAGAUGAUGCGGACAGCGUGGUACAGGUGAAGAUCCGAGGGUGCAGACGCAGGGAAAGCCUAACACCUCCUUAAAAUAGAUAGAACUGAGUCAACAUUCCAACUCGGGAUGACACGGUCAUCCCUCCGUGCCCUGGUCGUUUUGCUGUGUUCCACCUACGAGGUGCUUGUACUUCGAUAUUGAAGAGAUGACGAUGACCAUAUUAAAGAUUAAUUUUAGGCUACUCUAUUUAGCAUUGCAUCGAUCAUUUUGUAAAUAUGACAAUUUUGUAUGCCGCAAGUAUGAAAGAAAUAUAUAGUUCUUUUAAAAUCUAAA